AUGAUGCUAAUAGUGCAAACUGCGAAAAGAGCUAUUAUAGGGCUGUCUUCAAGAAAUUCAACGCCAAAUUACCCUGUCGUGGCUCGACAUUACCACGAGAAUGUAAUAGACCAUUAUGAGAAUCCCCGCAACGUUGGAUCCCUUGAUAAGAAUGAUCCAAACGUUGGCACGGGAUUGGUCGGAGCACCGGCCUGUGGGGACGUAAUGAAGCUACAGAUCAGGGUCGAUGAUGAUUCUGGUCAAAUCAUCGACGCUCGUUUCAAGACUUUUGGUUGUGGCUCAGCUAUUGCCUCUUCUUCCCUUGCUACGGAAUGGGUCAGAGGCAAAACGAUGAACGAAGUCCUCACCAUCAAGAACACUGAAAUAGCGAAACAUCUAUCUUUACCACCUGUGAAGCUACAUUGUAGUAUGCUUGCAGAAGACGCAAUCAAAGCAGCGGUUAAAGACUACAUGGCGAAGCGUGCCAAGGCUAAUAGUCUGAUUACAAAACCUAAUUACAAAGAAUGA